AUGGUGUUAGCAGAUUUAGGGUCUCGUUUGAGAGGUGCAUUAUCAUCAGUUGAGUCUGGUUCAGAUGAUGAAAUCACACAAAUGAUUAAAGACAUUUGUGCUGCUCUUUUAGAAUCAGAUGUGAAUAUAAAAUUGGUUGUCAAAUUACGAGAGAAUAUUAAGAAUCAAAUCAAACUGCAAAAUGUUGCUUCAGAAACAUCUUCAAUGAAUAAACGUAAGAAAUUACAAAAAAUCAUUUUUGAUGAAUUAUGUGGAUUAGUAGAUUCAACUAUUGAACCUCCAAAACCUAAAAAGCUUUCAACCACUACCAAAACACUCCAUGGUAAAAAGAUUAGAGUAUCAAAAGAAUCAAGUCAUAUUAUCAUGUUUGUUGGUUUACAAGGUGCUGGUAAAACCACUACUUGUACGAAAUUGGCGGUUUAUUACAAGAAAAGAGGAUUCAAGGUUGGUUUAGUAUGUGCCGAUACUUUCAGAGCUGGUGCUUUUGAUCAAUUAAAACAAAAUGCUAUUAAAGCAAACAUUCCUUAUUAUGGUUCUUAUUUAGAACCUGAUCCAGUUAAGAUUGCUUUUGAAGGGGUUUCAAAAUUUAAACAAGAAAGAUUUGAUAUAAUUAUUGUUGAUACUUCAGGUAGACAUCGACAAGAACAACAAUUAUUCACUGAAAUGGUACAAAUCAGUGAAACCGUCCAACCUACUCAAACUAUCAUGGUUAUGGAUGGAUCUAUUGGUCAAGCGGCUGAAUCUCAAGCCAAGGCAUUCAAAGAAAGUGCCAAUUUUGGUUCUAUUAUCUUGACUAAAAUGGAUGGACAUGCGAAAGGUGGUGGUGCUAUUUCUGCUGUUGCUGCUACCAAAACCCCAAUUGUUUUCAUUGGUACUGGGGAACAUAUUGGUGACUUGGAAGUCUUUAAACCAAGUACAUUUAUAUCUAAGUUAUUAGGAAUUGGAGAUAUUCAAGGUUUAAUUGAACAUGUUCAAUCACUUAAUUUGCAUCAAGAUGAAAGUCAUAAACAAACAAUUGAAAAUAUUAAGGAAGGUAAAUUUACUUUGAAAGAUUUCCAAAAUCAAAUGAAUAAUUUCUUAAAAAUGGGUCCAUUAACAAAUAUAGCAUCAAUGAUUCCUGGUUUAGGAAACAUUAUGUCACAAGUAGGUGAAGAAGAAACUUCUAAAAAGAUUAAAAAUAUGAUCUAUAUAAUGGAUUCAAUGACAACUAAAGAAUUAGAAAGUGAUGGAAGAAUAUUUGUUAAAGAACCAAGUAGAAUUAUUAGAAUUGCAAGAGGAUCAGGUUGUUCAGCAGUGGAGGUAGAAAUGAUUUUACAACAACAUAGAAUGAUGUCCACUAUGGCUAAAUCUGCAUUAGCUUCACAAGCAGCAGGUGGAGCUCCAGGACAACCAGGCGCUAACCCAUUAGCUAAUAAUCCGCAAAUGCAAAGAAUGAUGCAACAAGCUCAAUCCAAUCCUAACUUUAUGCAACAAGCUAUGAGUAUGUUAGGUGGAGGCGGUGCUGGUGGUGCUGGUGGUGCUGGUGGCCCUGGUGGAUUAGCUGGUAUGAUGAAUAAUCCCCAAAUGAUGCAACAAGCACAACAAAUGAUGAGACAGAACCCACAAAUGAUGCAACAAGCACAACAAAUGAUGCAAAAUCCAGGGAUGAUGCAAAAAAUGAUGCAACAAUUUGGUGGUGGUUUUGGUGGGAUGUAA